GCCCCAUUUAUCUGAGCAAACACCCAAGUGGAUCAGUGAAGGGGCUUGAGAUGAAGAAGGGAAGCCUGUGAAUUCACCAAUGUCUACCAGAAGGGGCAAAGAGAAAGUGGCAGACAGUAGAUGAAACAGAAGACGCCCGUGCCUACAAAGAAGGUUGCAAGGAGCCCAGUUGGACCACAGCCAGGAUGAUGAUGUUUGAUACUUGCAAGGAGCCAGACCUGUGCAUUGUCUAUGGGGAACCCAUCAGGCCAAAGCCCAUCAUCCAUAAGAGAACGCAGGUGCAGCAGAAAGCCCACCCAGUCGAGGAGGAGGAGGAUGUAGCCCUUUUUCGUGGGGGAAGUUUCAGAGCCUCCUGGGAAAUCACAGUGCAGACAAUUCCUGGUGCUGCUGAGGAGCAGGAUGUGUGCAUUGUGGGCGAGAAAAACAUCUGGCAGUUCCCCAACACCAGCGAGAGAAAGGCGUGUUUGCAGGAAACCCACUCAGUGGAGGGUCCCGUUCCCAGCAAACUAGACUCCAGCGUCCCCAUUGAACCUCCAGCCCAGGCUGUUGUUGAUGCUGCUAAGGGACAAGACAUCUGCAUUGCGUAUGAGCAAGGUGUCCUACAAAAGCCCACCGUCCGUAUCAGAACUGGGUAUCCUGAGGAAGAAGACUCAGAGGAGGAUAUAGAUAUGCCUAUUCCUGGCAGAGGAGAUUGGAAAGGCCCCAAUGAAUCCACCUUCCAGCCUGCUCUUGAUGCCACCAAGGAACAAGACUCCUGCGUUGGGUAUGAGGAAAUGGUUAGUCAGAAGCCCGUUUUUCAAGGAAGAGCACCCAGUGAAGCCACAGCCCAGAGAGGUAUGGAUACUGCAGGCGUUGAGCAGUGGAGGCAGAACAGAAGGAAAUCUUUGGUGAAAGCACAGGAUGAGAUGGUGGAGCAGAACUACCUGAGUCAGGAUGGACCAAGGAGGGGAAAGAGAAGUCACACAGAACGGAAGACAGAUGAAUCCAUCGUUCCUCAAAGUGGCGUCUUCACUGAGCAAGGAGAACAACCAGAAAACAGAGAUGCUUUGAGAGCGUCCACAGAGGAGAAAAGAAAUCAAAGGGCAGAGUCUGAAGGAACAAGCAGUGGGAGCAGAAACAAUGGAAACAGCCCCAGAUGCCCUACAGAGGUGAAGCGGUGUGGAAAGAGCUUCAGGUAUCAGAAGCAGUUUGCUGCCCAUCAGAUGAUUCACACAGGACAGAAACCUCAUAAAAGUGCAGACUGUGGAAAGAGCUUCCGCUUGAAAAGUGACCUUACACAACAUAAAAGAACCCACACAGGGCAAAAGCCUUUCAAAUGUUCUGAGUGCGAUAAAAGCUUUACUGCGAACGCAAACCUUACACGACAUAAAAGAACUCACACAGGGGAGAAGCCUUUCAAAUGUUCUGAGUGCGAUAAAUGUUUCGCACACAGCUCAAACCUUACAGUACAUAAAAGAACUCACACACGGGAAAAGCCUUUCAAAUGUUCUGAGUGCGAUAAAUGUUUCGUACACAGCUCAUACCUUACAGUACAUAAAAGAAUUCACACACAGCAGAAGCCUUUCAAAUGUUCUGAGUGCGAUAAAUGUUUCACACAAAGCUCAUACCUUACAGUACAUAAAAGAAUUCACACACAGGAGAAGCCUUUCAAAUGUUCUGAGUGCGAUAAAUGUUUCACACAAAGCUCAUACCUUACAGUACAUAAAAGAACUCACACAGGGGAGAAACCUUUCAAAUGUUCAGUGUGUAGUAAGUGUUUUUCUCAAAGGUCGGACUUUACUAAACAUCAAAGCAUUCACACAGGGGGGAAACCAUAUAAAUGUGCAGACUGUGGAAAGAGCUUCCGUUUGAAAACAGACCUUACAAGACAUGAAAGAAUUCACACAGGGCAAAAGCCUUUCAAAUGUUCAGUGUGCAAGAAAAGCUUUGGUUGGCACACAAGCCUUACUGAACAUAAAAGAACUCACACAAAGGAGAAGCCUUUCAAAUGUUCAGUGUGCAAGAAAAGCUUUGGUUGGCAAACAAGCCUUACAGUACAUAAAAGAACUCACACAAAGGAGAAGCCUUUCAAAUGUUCUGAGUGCGAUAAAUGUUUCACACAAAGCUCACACCUUAAAGUACAUAAAAGAACUCACACAGGGGAGAAGCCUUUCAAAUGUUCAGUGUGUGGUAAGUGUUUUUCUCAAAAGUCGCACUUUACUAAACAUCAAAGGAUUCACAAAGGUGAGAGAGCCCAUGAAUGCUCAGUGUGUGGUAAAUGCUUCAGUCAGGAGGCAAACCUUACUAAACAUCUAAAGCUUCAUAGGAGGAAGACACCUUUUAAGUCAUCACUGGGUAGAAAAAGCUUUACUAAGAGCUCAAAUCUUCCUAGUCAACAAAUGAUUCGCAAAAAAAAGUAUAAAUGUUCAGCUUGGGGGAAAAGCUAUACUAAGUGGUCAUACCUUACCAAACAUAAAAGAAUACCACACAAAGCAGAGAAACCCUAUAAAUGCAAAGGGUGUAGAAAAUGUUUCAGUAGCAGGUCAAUCCUUACUAGACAUAAGAGAAUCCUACACAGAUGGAACAAAGUCUAUGCAUGUUCCAAGUGCAGUCAAUGUUUCCGUUCAAGGAGACUUCUUAUUACACAUCAAGGAACCCACACAGCACAGAAACCUUUUCAAUGCUCACAGUGUAGAAAAGCCUUCAGUCAGGAGGCAAAUCUCCUUAGACAUCAAAGAACUCACACAGGAGACAAACCCCACGAAUGCCCUGUGUGUAGAAAAAGCUUCAGUGAGAGCGCAGGUCUUUCCAGACAUACAAGGUCUUGCCAUACAGGGGAGAAACUGCACAAGUGUGAACAAUGUGGAAAGAGCUUCAUUCGUAAAUCAGACCUCAAGAGGCAUCAAAAGCACCACACAAGGGAGACGCCCAACCAGGGUUCAAAUCUCAGUGAAGGUUUAGAUGAUGAAUCAAGACCUCAUGAAGGUGAGAACGCACAGCGGAUGGAAACCAUGUAACUUCUUCAACUAUCCUAAGAAGGUCGCAUCCACACAAUACU